AUGCUGCCCGCGGGCCGCGGCCGAAGGGCGGCGGCGGCGCUGAGGGCGGCGCUGGGCGAGGGCGCGGAGCGGCGGCGGGAGCUGGAGCGGCGGGCGGCGCGGAGCCGGGAGCUCCUGCGGCGCUGGAAUGAUGAGGAAGAGGAGCGGCCACAGCCAGGCUCCAGCACGGAACAUGAAGACAGACCUUCACCCAAGGAGUUGGAGGAGCUGGAACUGCUGAACAGGGCCUUAGAGAAGGCACUGAAAGUCAGGAAAAGCAUCUUGAAAACUCCAUUAGAGGCUCAGGAAGCUACAGGACAGAAAUGGGCAGGUGAGGGACCUGCUCCCAAGAAAGCUGAAGAGCAGCAGGUGUCUGUACUUGAGGAUGUUCCUGAGAGCAGGAAGGUGAGAGAUGGAAGCAAAAAACCUUUGUUGUUGAAGAAGCCCUCGCCAUACCAGUUAAGAGCCCCUUAUAGGACUGACCCAGAUGUGAAGAAACUGCAAAGGAAAGUCCCAGCCAGAUGUGUUUCUCAAGGCCUCAGGACAGCUGGGAGGAUUUCCUCAAAAGGUAUGACUUCCAAACAAGGAAGGAGUCACAGGACAGCAGCUGGUGCCAUUGCCAGAGAGGUCUGUGCUGCACCUGAACCCCAGGAGUCACCUGGCUUGUCUGAAUCUGCCCCAAAUGAGCAGCAAAGCUUUUCUGGAGGGGAUUCAGCUGCAGGAAAGAAUUCCAUAGCUGCUGGCAAGCAGUUACUUGAUGCAGGGAAGAAAAGCUGUGGUUUCCUGGGAGAGUCCAGCAAAAAGGAGGACACUGCAGGUGCAUGGGGAAGGAGCACCUCACCAGGGACAGGCACCCUGCAGGAAAAGGGAUGCCAGCUGAAGCUCCCCCUUCCCUACAGGAAAGCCUAUUCCAGGAACUCCAGGGCAUGGGAGAGAUGUCGUCUGUGCCAAACAAGUGCAGAUGCAGCAGCUGCAAGGACCCGUUUUAUGGAGAGGAUCCAGACAACUUUUUGCUCCCCGAAGCCAAUGCCCAGUCCUGCAGAGAUAGAGGAGGAAUUAAGGGGCCUCCAGGAUGUCCCCUCCCGUCUGAGGCAGUAUGUGGAAGCUGAGCCUGCAGACCCUCCCACUCUGCAGGGAGAGUAUGAAAGCCUUCUGAUCUUGGAGGGUUUGCAAACCACAGUGUCCCAGUGCCUGCAGAAGCUGCAGCUGCUGCGAGCAGCUCUGGAGUCCCAGCUGAGGCUGCGCCCAGACUGCACUGGGGAUGUGGGGAGCUGCUCUCCAGCCUGUGUCCCUGCCAGGGGACAGAUGUGUGACAGUGCAGACAUGCUGGCUGUGCCUCUCCUCUCUUACUCCAGUCUGCAGGAGCUGAGGGACCUCUUUGCCUUGAAGCUGCAAGUGUCAAUGCUGCACCAAGAGGUUGCCUUACAAAAGGUGAUGAUGGCAGACCUGCUGCCUGUCCUGGAGGCCAGGCCAUUCCUGGAGGGCUCUGCAGGGCUGUUCCGGGCCAUCCACACCCAGCUCUGUGAGGGAGGCCGGUGCUUCCCUGUGCUGGUGAGAGAUGAGCUGCUGGACUGAGCUGGGGAGCCUCCUGUUAGACCUGCCCGGAGCCAAAGACAGCUCUAAGCAAUAAAUCUUUUCUAUUAACUUC